AUGCGGGGUGCCCGGGCUGCGGCGGCUCGCGCGGCAGAAGCCAAGAAGGCCAAGGCGGCAGUCCGCGCCCUGGAAGCAGAUGUCGGUCUAAACUGUUUCUUGACGCCCGGGCGGAAGCUGGCCGGCAAACUGCUGUCGAAUCGGAUCACAUCAGACUUCCAGCGACACGACGUGCUGCCGUCUGGAGAGGUGCUGCACUUGGGAUCCCUGGGCUGCCCGCCGGAGCAAGUCAGAGCGACAGAGCCAGAGGUGCAUCCAAGGAUUCAGCGGCAACGUCGCAGCUCUGAGACGAAUCGGCGCACGCACGACAAGGCCUGGGCCGCCGUCCUCUACUCGGAGGCCACCGAGGCGCCCGCGUCGCCGAGGCGGCGCCUGGCGCUGGCCCUGGGCGUUCCUGAGACCGCGUUGCGAUUGGGUCCGGGGCUCCACCUGCCUGGCGUCUCCGUGGAAGUGGUCCGCCUGCCACGAGGUCUUCCGGACUUGGAAGUCACUCCAGAGCUUCGAGCUGGGGUUCUGGGGAAGAAAGGCGAAACGCUUGCUUUGGGUCCUCCAGACCUGACGCAAAGUCUGGGCAUGACAGAUGUCGCGUGCCCGGCGCACCGCUACACCAUCGUGCUGCGGAACCUGAGCGAACAGAAGGUCGCCGAGGGCAGCUACGACGAGCGCUUGGAGGAGAUACAACAGAAAGGCUUCGCCAACUUUUUCGAGCUGUCGUCCUUUGGCUUAGCAGAGGUCCGACGGUACCAUGGCAGCAAGCAGACGACCCGUUUCUGUGAUGUGGGGCUUGUGACCCUCCUACGCAAACCAGACCCUUGCUUGGCUCCGAGUGAGACAAUCGCCAUUUGA